AUGGGACGUGUUCACCAGAUUUGCCUCAUUGGUAUGUCGUGGUGUUUCAGUUUCUUGGCUGAUUACUUGUGGGUUCCAUCAGUGGCGUACGUGAAGGACAGAGACCUUGGGGUGAAGUUCUUGGGAGCCGUCUAUGCUUUGAAUCUCGGAGCACGAUUUCUUCCCAAUCUCUUGGUCACCAGAUGGGGCGUACAGAUUGAAUUCUUCAUGAUGGCCAGCGUGACGUCGGGUUAUAUCACCUCGCUUGCCUAUCCGACCAAAGUCUGGGCAUUCUGCGUCAUGGCCCUCUGUUCAGGCAUGGGAUUUGUCCGAGCCUGCUUGACUGCAUGUGCAAACAGCCUUCCAGGAUGA